UAAACAUGAGAAAGAGGAAGUGAAAAGGAGGUGCUGAAAGCCCCAUGAAGUGAUGCACUGUCCACAGCGCCGAGACAAGGGGAAGUGCAAACAACAGCGAAGUUCACUGAAACACAGGUCUGAAAAACAGAGACGAUCCACUUUCUCGUGAAAAGGUCUGAACAGAGGCGUUACAGAAUGGCUCAACGCUGCCUCAAGUGUUUAAAGUACACCAUGUGUCUUGCCAACUUCCUUUGUUUUGUGUGUGGUGUGGCUGUGCUGUGUUUCGGCGUGUACAUGAUGGUGCACAUGAGCCCGCUCACACCGACCUUGGCCAAAUACAACUUAGCCAACCUGCUGGUGAUCAGCGGCAUCGUCAUCACCUGUGUGUCCUUCCUGGGAUUCCUGGGUGCUCUGAAGGAGAACCGCUGUCUCCUGCUGACGUUUUUCCUGCUGCUGUUCCUGCUGAUGCUGGUGGAGCUGACUGUAGCAUGCUUGCUCCUCAUGUUUGAGAAAGAGCUUGGCAUCUGGGUGGAAGAAGACCUUAACAAAGGCCUGGCGGAGGCAAAAGGAAAGAUGGGAAAUUCAACCGAUGCGAUGAGCGAGUGGGAUCUACUUCAGAAUAAUCUUGAUUGCUGUGGAGUCCAGAACGUGACUGAUUGGGGAGACAAUGUGCCAAAAUCUUGCUGCAAGGACAAGUGUGAUGUCGCAAAGCCCCCGUACAAGAAUGAUGGCUGUCUGGUAAAGAUGAAGACCUUCUUUGAGGAGAAUUUCCUAACUACUGGGAUUUCUGUCAUCGUGCUCUGUGUUGUUGAGGUCUUGGGGAUGUGUUUCGCCAUGACGCUGUUCUGCCACAUCAGUAGAUCUGGACUGGGCUACAAGUUAUAAAACUGAAUUCUCCGUCUCGACAUCUGUUCUAACUCGUGUUUCAGAGUUCACCUUGUACAUUUCUCUGCUGUACAGAAUCCUGUGUAAGACUGGAAAAGGGUUUGUUUCUGAAUGAGCCGAUUGAAUAUCCAAAGAUGAUUUCUCUGUGUACAUGUUGAGUUAGAGUUAGCUUCUUUUUAUGUGAUGACUUCAUAUUUAGAAAUAAAUGUAAAUGUUUCAGAA